AUGGAUCUCCAACUCACCGCCUCCGAUGAGGACCUCUUCCCUCCCAGCCAGCCUGUCUCUGCUCCUGCUCCCUCUCGCCGGGCUCAUCGCUUGAGGUCUGUCGUCUCCAUUCCGGCUACUCCUGGUUCUACUCCUGGUUCUACCCAUUCUUCUUCCCGGGCUGGUCGUCCUCACCAACGCACCCCCAGAUCUCAGCGCUCCCGUCGCUCUUCUCCUCCUUCCCCCACUCCUCCUGGUCGAGCUCGCCGCUCUGGGCGCCCGGCUUCCUUAGCCGGCCCCGCACCCCCUUCCCCGGCCGAGCCCCUCUCUUCUGUCCAGCCUCUCCCCUCCACUUCUAUCCCCGUUCCCCCCCAGUCUGCAGCACUCGCCGCGCCCUUCACCGGAGCUCCGUGCUCUUCAUUCUCCCUGUCUACGGCACCGCCUGUUGCCCCCCCGGCCAACGCACGGAUGUUCAACCCUCCCCUGGUCUCCUCCUCUCUGCGGAACCGCAUUCUUCAAGGUGCGGAUGUCGAUCUUUCCUCCUUACUUCUCCCCUCCCCUUCUUCUGCUCCCCGUGUCAUCGACACCGGCGACAUCUCGCUUACCUUGCAUCAACCAGGCCCCCGCGUCUCCAAAAUCCUCUCUGCAGCCGAGUUCGCCUUUGCCUUCUCCAUCUUCAGGGAUGUCAUCUGUUCGGCUUUUCCAUCACGCCGCCAGGAAUUGGACGACUAUCUGUCCUUGAUUUUGGAUAUGGCUAUCCGUUUCGGAGGCUCUGGUUUCUACGAAUAUCAUCGCCUCUUCUCAGCCCGCGCCGCGGCUCGUCUUACACAGUGGAACCUUGCUACAUUCUGGGGCGCCCCAGACCUGGAACUUUAUUGCCACGUUUUCGCGGGACGUAGCUCCCUCUCCUGCUCCGCGUGUGGCGGCCCCUCUCACCCUGCUUCUGUUUGUUCCCAGGCAGCCUCCACCGCCCCUCCGGCCCCCGUCCAACAUUCUUCGGCGCGCGCCGCUCCCGUGCGCCCGUCCUCUUCGGGCGCCCGCGACAGCUUCGGCCGCCCUAUCGUUUUUCUCGACGGGCAGAUGCUAUUGCGGUUCCUCUCCACCCCGGUCAACGUACCGGCUCUCGCCGCUGACCUGUCUGCUCACCCUGACACCUCCUUCGUUUGCAGCCUCCUGGACGGCUUUCUCUUUGGCUUCUACCCCGGUCUCGUCGCCUCGCCGAGCUCUUCUCUCACCUGUCCUAACCUCCUUUCCGCUCUGGCCGAGCCCGAUGUCGUGUCUUCCCUUCUGCAACAGGAGCUCUCCAGUGGUUUCAUUAUCGGUCCUUUCUCAACGCCCCCUUUUUCUGUAUUUCGCAUCAAUCCUUUGGGCAUUGCCACACGAAAAUACUCUGGCAAGAAGAGGAUCAUAAUUGAUCUCUCGGCUCCGCAUGGCUCUUCGGACCCGUCCAUCAACAGCCUCAUACCUAGUUCUGAAUUUUCUCUCCGUUACGCGACCGUGGAUUGUGCCAUCGAAGCCAUCAAGUUGGCCGGCAGAGGUGCUUGGCUGUCGAAGGCCGACAUCAUCUCAGCUUUUAAAAUCCUACCCCUCCACCCUGACUCUUGGCACCUUUUUGGAGUCCGCUGGGACGAUCAGUUUUACUUUUCCGUUCGCCUUGCUUUUGGGUGCAAAAGCAGCCCGAAGCUUUUUGAUUCCUUCGCUGAGGCGCUGUGCUGGAUCUUGCUGAAUAAACACAGGCUCCCGUUCGUGCUCCACCUCCUGGAUGAUUUUCUCGUCGUUGACUCGCCUUCCUCGCCCCCCUCGCGGGGCCUUGACGCCGUGACCAGCACUUUCACUCGUCUCGGAGUCCCGAUUUCGGAGGAGAAGACCGUGGGUCCCGCCACGUCUCUGGAGUUCCUCGGGAUCAUUCUCGACUCCGCUUCCUUCCAAGCUUCUCUUCCUCAGGAAAAGCUUAAUCGCGUCACUUCUUUCAUCUCCGACUUUCUCAGUUUUCCCACCCGUACUAAACAGCAGCUUCUUUCCCUGCUCGGCCACUUUAAUUACGCUACCCAAAUCAUACCUCAGGGUCGUUCUUUCAUCUCCCAUCUCCUUCGCUUAUCUUCUUCUGUCCGAUCCCUCCACCAUUUCGUCACGCUCGACGAAUACUGCACGUCGGAGCUCCGAUUCUGGCUCUCUCUCCUCCGCCACUGGAACGGGAUCUCCUUUUUCUAUGCCGACGCAGCUUCCAGCCCUUCUGAUGUUCAGCUGUUCACUGAUGCUGCGCCUUCCUCUGGUUUCGGCGGCUAUUACGGCGGACGCUGGUUCGCCUCUGCCUGGCCGAAGCAAUUCGUCCGCUCCGCUGCGCACCUGCGCGAUUCUUCCGCGCUCUGGGAGAUUUAUCCUAUAGUUGUCGCUGCCCUCCUUUGGGGACAUGAAUGGUCAGGAAAAUCAAUUUUACUCCAUUCAGACAAUCUCGCCGCGGUCCACAUCAUCAACAAAAGUAGAUCAAAAUCGCUAGAAAUAAUGCCUUUUAUCCGUCGCCUCACUUGGCACUCCAUAAAGCAUCAGUUUAUAAUUAAAGCUGUCCACAUCCCAGGUUUUAUCUAA